AUGGGAGUGUUCAUUGCCUGUUACUACCUUCUACUCUGCUAUAGAGUGUUCACUGCCUAUUAUUUCCUGAUUUUCACCAUGGUUGUGGUUUCAGAUCUUAAUUGUCACCACUCUUUUGAAACCAAUUUCAACUUCCCUAUUACCAUGGCCCAGCAUCUUGUACCAAUCACAAGCAUUAGAUCACUGAUUGUGUUCUUUGUUUCCCAUGGCGUCAUUCCACUGCUUAAGCCUAGUGUUGUCGAGAUACGAGGACGUCUGUCCAAUCAAAGUUGUUAG